UGCAUAUUAAAUUAAAAAAAUUAAACGAUUUUCAAAUUGGCAAAAAUCACUGUUGCAACUCUAUCACCUCACCGCAAUUGUAUGUACUGUACGUGCAACUAAUGGCGGCUCUGUUAUCUUGCACACCAACUAUACUCUCUACUCCGUUCGCAAACCGGACCACAACACAUUUUCCACUUCGACCUCACUCCCACACCUUCCCACCCUCCACCAAACGCUUUCUUCGCGGUUCACUUUCCGUUGCCCGUUUCGGAUUUCAACCCGGUUUUUUACCCCAACCGGAUGACACCGAAUUCGUUAUUAGGGAAUUGUAUAAUCGAGCGGAGGGUUUUCUUUACACAAUUGCUGAUGCCGCUGUUUUGUCUUCCGAUACGGUGGUAAACACCGCCAUCGCCUCCUCCGAGCAGAAUAACGAUUGGUUUUCAUUAAUUACCAAUUACGUCGAGACUGUUCUCAAGAUACUUAAGUAUGGGCUUUCUACUUUGCAUGUGCCGUAUGCGUAUGGUUUUGCAAUUAUAAUGCUCGCAGUUCUUCUAAAAGCUGCCAUAUUUCCGUUGGCGAGAAAAAAGGUAGAAUAUGACAUGGCAAUGCAAUCUUUGCAACUUAAUUUAGAGGCUAUCCUAAAACAGGAUGCUGGGGAUCAGGAUACAAUUGUACUUGAAACUAUUCCGUUAUAUGAAUCAAGCAGCAUUGAUCCAUUACUAGGAUGUCUGCUCGUUCUCUUAAAAAUACCAGUGUGGAUCGGGCUAUAUCAAGCCUUUUCUAAGAUGGCAGAUGGGGGACAUCUAAGUGAAGGCUUCUUUUGGAUACCUUCUCUUUCUGGUCCAACUACAAUUGCAGCUCAGCAAAAUGGAAAUGGUAUCUCUUGGCUUUUUCCAUUUGUGGAUGGUCACCCUCUCCUUGGAUGGCCAGAUACACUGGCUUACCUUGUGUUGCCUGUUUUGCUGGUUGUCUUUCAAUACAUUUCUCUCCAAAUAAUACCAUCAUCAGAGGGACCAUUAGCUUACUUUCGGCGGGGACUAUCACUUUAUGCCAUAGUUGCAAGGGGAGAAGAAGAAGAUUCGUCCUUUAGCACAUCCUUGACCUUUGGGAGAAAGGAUACUGAUCCAAACGUGAAGAUUUCUCAAGAAGCCUUUGAUGUCAAUUUUCAAGAUACUGAUCCCAACGUGGAGAGUUCUAAAGUCUUAGACAAUGUCCUUAUGUCAUUAGUGAUUGGUUGUUUUGCUCUUUUAGUUCCUUCUGGUCUUUCCCUUUACUGGUUCACAGAUAAUGUAUUGAACACUUUACAGCAAAUAUGGCUUCGAAAGUUAGGAGGUGCAACAAUUCCUGAGACCAGUUCUAGAUGAUAAUGUUAAAAAUGACCCAAUUCAGAUUUAGAAGUCAGUAUCUAAACUAAAUACCACAAAAGUAGAAGAAACUUGAAAAGUUGAAAAAUUUACAAUUGAGGGGCCACUGGUGACAGGUUAGUAUUAACAAUAACAACUACCGGAGAAGACCCAGGUGACGUGCCAAAGGAUUGACCAAAUUAGAAGAGUUGGAAAUAUGCUGUAAUAUUGACCGGCCCAGUUGGCUUUUAUAGGCUAUGUUAGAACUUUGAAAUGUGACGUCCCGUGCAAUUUGAGGUCUUUGGUUAUCACUGUAGUUAAGUUCUACAUAAAUGAUGAUGGAAUGAACGAGAUUCGAGGUUUCUACAAUUGCCGAGGAGGAGGAGGGGUUUGGUUGUUAUAGAUUUGAUGUCUGAUACGCAGCAUCGUAGUUUGAGUUUGUAUUACUACAGUAUCAUGGAUCAGUAAACUCUGGCCAAGUUAUAUGCUAUGACUGGAACACCUUCAAAAGUAUAGGCAUGUAAUCGGAUUUUACAGUGGGCUACAUAGCAUUUUUCUUUAUAUAUGGUUGCUCACUUACAAGUGUGUCCAAACUCUAAUUUUUUAAGCGAAGAUGAGUUACCUUCUAUGUGAUAAACAACUUAUUUGCAGCUUAUAGCAUAAACGCUUAUUAUGAUAACUACUAGUGUGUAUAAGCUUACAUAAGCUAUUUGUAUAUGGUAAAGUGAACACAUUAGUAUGGUAUUCCGAAACUGUUUACGUGAUAUUCUUAUAUUUUUGAAGUCACACACAA